GUUUCAAUGUUGGAUAAAAGUAUUACGAAUUUUAAAAAUAAUCACGUUAUUUUAUUAUUUUUCUUUACUUCCAAAACCUUCAUAUUCAUCUAGCGUUGACACAAGUGUGCGGUUGUUUACAUAUGAAGGUUUCAAAUUACUGCUAAGUUGCAAAGAGCUCUGUCCUGUAGAGUGUGUCGCCGUUUGUGCUUUUCUCCUAACAUUAAUGACAUAUCGUUUUGAAUGUAAUUUGGGUUGUCAUUAACGGUAUAUUAUUAUUACAACAUAAACUGAUUUAUUAAACUAUAUAAUGGAGGGUAGACGCCUUGGGAGGGGAGAAGCUUUAAGGAAGCUUCUCGAAUCCCAACCUCAGCCUUUGCCUCACGCUCAGUCCUUUCCUCGCUCUCAGCCUGAGCCAUCAUCUCAUCGGCCAUCGUCUUCAUUUUCACAAUCGUCUCAAGAAAGAGAUCCAUAUUCUUAUGGACAGGAUGUGUCAGCUCAUACAUCAGAAACUGAAGCACCAAGAAGACCGAUGGGGAGAAGUGCAUUGCUAGCCGGUGAGUUGAGGAGAACUGAAGAUUCAAAGGAGGAAGUGGGAGCUGCUCCGAAACCUUCUGGAAGAGGGAGAGCUUUGUUAGCUUCCUUAGCUGCGAGGGAGGCGAGUAGUCCUUCAGUCGAACAAAUUUCUCGACAUUUGUCUAAAACUUCAUUGGCCGAGUCUACCAGUGAAGCAGAAAAGGAACCUGUUGUUAUGAAGGGGACAUAUGGAAGGGAAAUACCUGUAGGAGUAAAUUAUGUCAAACUCAAAGUAGAAAAGGGUAAAGGUCUCUUUCAGUAUGAUGUUCAAUAUGAUCCCCCCGUAGAAUCGAGGAGUCUCAAAUUCGGGAUAUUGAAUAGUGUCAAGAAUGUCAUAGGAGAGACUAAGCUCUUUGACGGAAUGGUUCUUUAUCUUCCAUUUAAGUUACCUCAGAAAGUUACCUUGGUAAAAACAACUGUAUCACAUGAUAAUAGCGUUGUUACAGUUAAAAUUACAUUUACGAAAGAAAGAAAAUUUGGUGAUCCGGAAGCGAUACACCUCUACAACGUUCUGUUUAGAAGAAUUAUGGUUAUUUUAGGCUUAGCGCUUCAUGGAAAAAAUUUUUAUGAUCCAAAAUCUGCAAUGCCUAUUCCAUUGCAUAAGCUGGAGGUAUGGCCAGGCUAUAUCACUGCCAUUGAUGAAUAUGAAGGAGGCAUAAUGUUGUGCUGUGAUGCUUCGCACAGAGUUCUGAGAAAUCAGACUGUACUUCAAUUAAUGGAUGAUCUUCAAAAUUCCAAUCAUAAACACUGGAAAGACGAAUUUGUGCAAUUGAUACUAGGUCAGUCUGUACUUACAAAGUAUAACAACAAGGUUUACAGAAUUGAUGAUGUGGCUUUUGAUGAAUCUCCAAAUGACUGUUUCGAAAAACAUAAUGGUGAAAAAAUUAAAUAUGUCGACUAUUACAGACUUCAGUAUAAUGUAAAAAUUACUGAUUCCAAUCAACCACUCCUCAAAAGCAGAGUUAAAACACGGAUUAAAGGAAGAGAAGAAAGACAAUUAGUUUCUCUGAUCCCUGAGCUCUGUUUCCUGACGGGAAUAACAGAUAAUAUGAGGGCUGAUGCCAGGGUUAUGAAAGAUAUAACGCAGUGCAUCAGUAUUUCACCUAACCAAAGGCAUUAUGCCAUAAACCAAUUCAUCAAUAAUAUUAAAGCUUCUCCCGAAGCAACCAAAGUUCUCUCUGUCUGGGGUAUCUCGCUGGACGAUGCUUAUAUGGUUCUUCAGGGUCGCAAUAUACCCCCCGUCGACAUAAUAUUUGGUGGCGGAGUUACAGUUCCUGGUAGCCGAGAGGCAAACUGGUCUGGUGCUUCCAAUAAAAACAGAGCCAUUUCAGUUGUUAAUUUUUCCUCAUGGUCGGUGGUCUGUACCAGAAGAGACAUGGAUAUGGUAACGUCAUUUGUUGAACAGAUGAUGAAAGUAGGACCUCAGAUGGGUAUUAAAAUCAUGAAGCCAAAAAUCAUUCCCAUCCCAGACGAUAGGACCGACAAUUACAUCAGAACUUUAAGGUCGACGAUUAAGGAAAACAUACAGAUUGUCGUUAUUAUAUUUCCAUUGGCCAGAACUGACAAGUACAGUGCUGUUAAAAAGCUAUGUUGCAUUGAAGAACCUGUUCCUUCUCAGGUAAUUCUGUCAAGGACGGUCAGAAGAGCAGGAACUUCCAAAGCUAUUACUUUGAAAGUUGCUCUACAGAUGAAUUGUAAACUUGGUGGUACAUUAUGGGCAGUCAAAGUACCUUUGCAAUAUACAAUGGUCUGCGGACUGGACACCUAUCACGACCCCAAAAAGAGAGCAAACAGCGUCGGAGCUCUAGUCUGCUCGUUGAACCAGCCACUGACGCGAUGGUAUUCAAAAAUUUACAGUCAGGCUGCAGGUCUAGAAUUUGUAGAGGGUCUGCAAGUCAGUAUGAUUUCCUCCUUGCAGAAGUAUAGAGAGGUUAACGGAAAUUAUCCUGAGCAAAUCACAAUAUUUAGGGAUGGAGUAUCCGAUGGCCAAUUGCGUCUUUGUGAAGAAUACGAGCUGCCUCAGAUAAUGAAUGCAUGUAGGAGAAUUUCUCCCGAUUACACACCGAAGGUUCUCUUUGUUGUCGUGCAGAAGAGGAUAAAUACAAGGCUCUUCGGUGUUGAACGUGGUGACAGGAGCUUCUCCAAUCCAUUGCCAGGAACUAUUAUGGAUCACACUAUUACCCGUCGUUACCUCCAUGAUUUCUUCUUGGUAUCUCAGCAUGUUAAUCAGGGAACUGUUUCUCCGACACACUACAUCGUUGUAAGGAAUACGACAAGUAUGUCUCCUGAUCAAAUUCAGAGGUUCACGUAUAUGUUGACUCAUCUGUAUUAUAACUGGCCUGGAACGAUCAGAGUCCCCGCCCCAUGUCAGUAUGCUCACAGACUUGCUUAUCUAAUCGGUGAAAAUAUUCACAAAGAAGCAUCAGAAUCCCUGUCAGACAAACUGUUUUAUUUGUAAAUUUAUGUAUAAAACCUUAUUUACAUAUACAUGUGUAUAUAACUCAAAAUGUUAUUUUCUACUAUAAAAGAAAAAUAUAUAUAUAUUUUUUUAUUUGUUAUUUUCUUUUGUAAUUAAAGUGUAUAUUUUUAUUUCUAUUGUAUACAUUUAUAUUUGUACUACUUACCAUUUAUUGUGAUCUCAAAUUAAAUCAUUCCUAUGGAAUGCUAUAUGUUAUAUUUUUUAUAAGGAAAGAAUAACUGAAAAUAAUCCUAUGAUUAUUAUAAGAAUCAUCAUGGCCAUAUGGUAAAUCGUAAAUCUCAUAAGAAAUAAAUAUUUUGUAUUAUUGUUCCUAUAUUUUAAUUUGUUUUAUAGAUGUUUGUUUUGUGUAAUCUGCAAUUAUUCAAUUUCAAUAUGAAUAGGUUUUUGUUACCCAUUUUAUAAAAUUUAUCAGAUUUCUAUAAUUUUUGAUAUAUUUUAAUUAUUGAACAGUGGCUUAUUAAAUAUACUCCUGCCACCAAUUAAAAAUUUGAUUAUGUUUAUCUUUAUUUUAUUAUACUUUAUAUUUUUAAGUAGUAAACAGUUCCUUUUAAAAUUACAUGUUUUUUUUUAUAAAUAAACACGUUCUUAUUA